GUCUUCUAUUUUGGUGACAUGGAGCACCACGUGGAUGAGAGCGACGGUUAUGUCGAAGUGCGUGUUUGGCGAACAGGAAGUGACCUCUCCAAACCCGGAACGGUCACGGUGCGGUCUCGAAAAACUGACCCAGUUUCAGCUGAAGCUGGUGUGGACUAUGUUGGGAUUAGUAAGAACCUGGACUUUGCCCCCGGCGUCAACAUGCAGACGUUCAGAGUCACCGUUCUGGAUGACCUCGGACAACCCGUGCUGGAGGGAGCGGAGAAGUUUGAGCUGGUCCUCCGUAUGCCCAUGAACGGCAUAUUGGGAGAACCAGGAAAAGCCACUAUCUACAUCAAUGACUCGAUUUCAGACUUGCCCAAAGUGCAGUUUGGAGAUGCGUCAUACACGGGUAAUGAGUACGACGGACAGAUAUCUGCGAUCGUGUACCGCAGUGGAGAUUUGAGCUACAAGUCCACCGUACGCUGUUACAGUCUCCAGGGCUCGGCUCAAGUCAUGAUGGACUUCAACGAGAGACCAAACACGGACGUCUCCACCGUCCUCUUUUUACCAGGAGAGGUGGAGCAACCGUGCGUUCUGGUCCUUGUGGACGACACGGAACACGAGGAAGAGGAGGAACUGAGGUUGGUGCUUGGAAGUCCCAAGAGUGAGUCUCCGUUCGCACCAGUCUUCUAUUUUGGUGACAUGGAGCACCACGUGGAUGAGAGCGACGGUUAUGUCGAAGUGCGUGUUUGGCGAACAGGAAGUGACCUCUCCAAACCCGGAACGGUCACGGUGCGGUCUCGAAAAACUGACCCAGUUUCAGCUGAAGCUGGUGUGGACUAUGUUGGGAUUAGUAAGAACCUGGACUUUGCCCCCGGCGUCAACAUGCAGACGUUCAGAGUCACCGUUCUGGAUGACCUCGGACAACCCGUGCUGGAGGGAGCGGAGAAGUUUGAGCUGGUCCUCCGUAUGCCCAUGAACGGCAUAUUGGGAGAACCAGGAAAAGCCACUAUCUACAUCAAUGACUCGAUUUCAGACUUGCCCAAAGUGCAGUUUGGAGAUGCGUCAUACACGGGUAAUGAGUACGACGGACAGAUAUCUGCGAUCGUGUACCGCAGUGGAGAUUUGAGCUACAAGUCCACCGUACGCUGUUACAGUCUCCAGGGCUCGGCUCAAGUCAUGAUGGACUUCAACGAGAGACCAAACACGGACGUCUCCACCGUCCUCUUUUUACCAGGAGAGGUGGAGCAACCGUGCGUUCUGGUCCUUGUGGACGACACGGAACACGAGGAAGAGGAGGAACUGAGGUUGGUGCUUGGAAGUCCCAAGAGUGAGUCUCCGUUCGGUGCGUCCGUAGGGACUCGGAAUGAGACGCUCAUCAAGAUUAAAGAUGACGCCGACAAGGCCAUUAUCAGAUUCAGCGCAACCAAGUUCAGCGUGAGCGAGCCCAGCGAGUCCGGUCAGCUGUCAGUGGUGAGGGUCCCGGUGCAGAGGGCUGGAGACACAUCCAAAGUGUCUGUGGUUCGAGUCCACACUAAGGAUGGCUCGGCUUCUUCUUGAGUCGAUUACCACCCGGUCUCAGAAGAUGUGGAGUUUAAAGAGGGAGAGACAGAACACAUUGUGCAGGUGGAAAUUCUAUAUGAUGGCGUGCGAGAGAUGAGGGAGGCUUUCACAGUCCACCUGAGACCUGAUGAGAACAUGGUAGCAGAGAUUCAGGUGACCAAAGCCAUCAUCUACAUUGAGGAGACGAACAGUAUGGCUGACGUCACCUUCCCGUCUGUGCCAGUGGUGGUGUCACUGUUGCAGUACGAUGACACAAGCAGAGACGCUCGGCUGGUCGCAGGAUAUCCUGCAGUCUGUGUCACGUCGUGCAACCCUAAGUACCCUGACUUUGACCGGACGGGCUCCAUCUGUGCUGCCGAGCACAUCAACAACACGCUGACCCGAUACCGUUGGAUGGUCAGCGCCCCCACGGGACCGGAUGGGGUGACCAGCCCCAUGAAGGAAGUGGACUUUGACACCUUCUUCAGCUCCUCCAAAACCAUCGCUUUAGACUCGGUGUACUUCCAGGCCGGCUCACGGGUGCAGUGCGCUGCCCGGGCUGUGAACUCCAAUGGAGAUGAAGGUCUGGAGCUCAGUAGCCCCAUAGUCUCCAUCAGCCUGGAGGACGGUGUGUGCCAGCCCCGGGUUGUGGGCACAGUUGGAGCUGAACCUUUCUCUGCCAGACUGCGCUACACUGGAGCAGAAGAUCCGGAUCAUCCGAACCUCAUUAAGCUCACUGUCACCAUGCCUCAUAUAGACGGUAUGCUACCUGUGGUCUCCACUCGUCCCCUCUCUAACUUCGAGCUGACCUUGAGUCCAGAUGGCACACGUGUAGGCAACCAUCGCUGCUCCAACCUGUUGGACCACACAGAGGUGCGAACGCGCUAUGGUUUCAUCACUAAUGCCACACGCAACCCAGAGGCCAUCGGCGGAACUGCACCUUACCAGUACAGCUCAUCCCUCAGAGGCCAGAAAACACUGCGCUUCUAUAGAAACCUGCACUUGGAGGCCUGUUUGUGGGAGUUUGUCAGCUACUAUGACAUGUCUGAACUGCUCAGUGAUUGCGGAGGAACCAUCGGAACUGAUGGGCAGGUUCUGAACCUGGUGCAGUCGUAUGUCACCCUGCGUGUGCCGCUGCACGUGUCCUACGUGUUUCAUUCGCCUGUUGGUGCCGGCGGUUGGCAACACUUUGACCUGCAGUCGGAGCUGCGGCUCACGUUUGUGUACGACACGGCCAUUUUAUGGAGAGAUGGCAUUGGCAGUCCAGCAGAGGCAGAAUUACAAGGCUCCCUGUAUCCCACGAGCAUGCGCAUCAACGAACAUGGCCGCUUGGUUGUCAACUUUCGCACAGAGGCGCGUUUUCGAGGACUCUUUGUCACUGCGCACUCAGCCACACCUCUUACCUCCAUGGUCAUGUGCGCGGAGCACCCUGGACUGACCUUUAACCUCAGCUUGGUGAGAAGUGAGCCCACAUACAACCAGCCCAUGCAGCAGUGGACCUUCAUCUCUGACUUUGCUGUGCGAGACUACACGGGCACGUACACGGUGAAACUGCUUCCCUGCACGGCUUCUCUCAAUGUGGAGUACACGUUACCUCCUGUGUGCCACCCCAGAGAGCCGGUGACCUUUGAUCUGGACAUUCGCUUCCAGCAGGUCAGUGAUCCGGUCGCAGCAGAGUUCAGUCUGAACACACAGAUGCUCCUGCUUUCAAAAAGAGCUCUCUGGCUGUCCGACGGCUCCAUGGGAUUCGGCCAGGAGAGUGAUGUUGCUUUCUCAGAAGGGGAUGUCAUCUAUGGCCGCAUAAUGGUGGAUCCUGUUCAGAAUCUGGGAGACUCAUUUAUCUGUAACAUUGAGAAGGUGUUCCUCUGUACAGGGGCCGAUGGAUACGUUCCAAAAUACAACCCUGACAACUUUGAGUUUGGCUGCUUGGCUGACUCACCGUCUCUUUUGUACAGGUUUAAGAUCAUUGACAAAGCUCAGCCAGAGACUCAAGCGAGAACAUUGGGUAGCAUUAGCUUCAAUGCUUAUCUUGCUGUAGAUGAUCCUCAAGCGCUGGCUCUAGUGAGACAGCCGGGCUCUGAUGGCUUCAGACUGGACUCCACAGCUUUGUUUCAGGUAUCAGUGGGAAGAGAGUGGUUCAUUCACACUAUUUACACCGUCCGAUCCAGAGAUAAUGCUAACCGAGGCAUUGGGAAAAGAAGCGUAGAAUAUCAGUCUUUGACACGCUCCGUUUCCACCAGCCAAUGGCGCAGCAGAAGGUCAGCCAAUGGCGUUCCAGAUUUGGCUGAGGGAAUCGGUGCAGAGAAUAACCGUGGCACAAACAUCUUGCAUAUAGCACUGGACCACAGCUCUCAGAAGCAUCUCAAUCUUGACCUGGAAUCCCAAGCCGAGGGUGUUGUUCCCAGAGAACUGAAUCGCAGGGAGAGCAGCGACGGUCGGCUUGUGGUAUUCGUAGGAAUUUUGGUCGCUCUUCUCUUCACCGUUUUGCUCAUUAUUCUUGUCGUUCUGGUAGUGCGAUCGAGGCAAAAAAAGAACGUUACAGAGACCCCGAAAAGCUCCAGCAGCACAGAGCCCAUGAUGAGACAAGUUCCCGAAAACAACGACAGUUCCGAGGUUUGAUUUGGUGCCUCCAUCGCUUGGGCACGGAAAAGACACACAGUGACUCGGAGUGGUUGUCCUCUACCUCUCCUCUGGAUUUCUCCUAAAGUGUACUUGAAACUCAUAAGCACUUCUGUUGUCACUGCUUUGAUAAUUCCUGGUAGAAUAUUGUCAAUAGGUAGCGAGAGUCUGUUGUAUAUUUCUGCUAUGAUGGUAUUCUUCCAAAUGAGAAUUUUACUUUAUAUCCAGAGGUGCUAGAUGAAAGAAUUGUAUCGUGGGAAAAGAUUGUGUGAGUGCAGAUUGUUUUCAGUCGUCAAAAAAGUGGUAUUGAAAGAAUGAAAUGUCAUAUAUUACUGGAUGGAUAAUCUUAUUGAUGACGUGAAAUGGUUUUUAUCGCAUUUGUUUAUUUUUCCCUCCUCAUGCGGACGAGGACAUGUACUGUAAUACAUUUUAUAAUGUCGAAUGUGUUUAUGCUGUUAGUAUUCAUUUCCAUAUGAGAUUGUUUUAUUUUUGGCAAAGAAAAAACACAUUCUUUCUUCUGUUUCUGUAUUUUAAGUAUUUAUGGUCACUAUCAAGGUUGCAUGGUUUCCUUUUUAUCAACACUUACUGUGUAAAACAUGUAUAAUAGUGUAAAUUCAGAUAAAAUGUUGGGGAAAUCAAAAGAUGUAUGCCUGUUAUAUUUCUUGAACAUUACACACACAGCAAACAGACCAGUUGAGAUGUUAUUUUGGUAAUACUUUACAGUAAGGUUUUGUAUUAAGGUAUUUAUUAUUAUGCAUUAACUAAAAUGAAUUAUUUCAGAAUGUAUUAAUAAUUCCUGUUAAUAUUAGUUAAUGUCAAUACAAUUAUUUGUUAACGUCAAUACAAUUAAUCAUGUUAGUACAUGGUGCGUUUACUAAUGUUAACAGUGGCAACUUUUUAUUUAAACAAUGUAUAAGUAAAUGCUGAAAUUAGCAUGAACUACGAUAAAUAAAUGCUGUAGAAGUAUUGUUCAUUGUUUGUUAGCUAACUUAACAAAUACAAAUACCUUUUUGUAAAGUGUUACCGUUAUUUUUUGUAUGAAUUUGAUAAUUGUUGUCCCAACAUUUAUGCAUUUGGCAGUGCAUUCAAGCUAUCAAUGUUAUUUAGUGUUUGUGUUCUCUGGGAAUCGAAUAAUGAUGUUGAUCCCCACUUGGCGAACUGGAAAGUGCACCCCAGAACAACACGUGAACAAUAGAUUGCAUCUAUAAUUACAUCUGUCUGAACCAUCGACACAAAGGCCGUGUUUUUAUUUAUUUAAAAAAAUGCAUUAAACAGAAAUAUUUAGAAGCAAAGUGCAGGCACUAAUUAAGAGAAUAGAUCCAUGAAUGUAGAACGAUAGGAAGUAACACACACACAAAACUCAUUGAACAAACUGUUAAAGAUAAACAUGAAAGCUGUGCUAAGUUACAUACAUAAAAGUUCAGCGACUCUGAAAGUAAACAAAAAAGUAUUAUUUAUGCUAAUUGUAAUUUA